AUGUCAAUGAUUAAUAAUUUAAUAAAACAACAAUCAAGAUCUAUUUAUUUAUAUAAAAAUAGUUAUAUUAAAUUAUAUUUUUCAAGUAAAUCUAAAUUAACUACAUUAUCAGCUACAAGAAAUAAAGUUGUUAAAGAUCAUCAUUUAGCAGAUAAUAAUACAAGAGUAAAAAGUAAAGAUGAAGAUAAUAAUAAUCAUUUAAAAGUUGUACAUGAUUCAUUCAUUUCAUUGGCAGACCUAUCACCUGUUUCAAAGGUUUCAUCUACGACAACAUCUAAAGCGAAAAAGAUUAGUUUAAAAGAUGAUAGCAAAGCAGUUGAUAAACCAGCAGAAAUCAAAUCAAACAGUAAACCAAAAACUAAUGAAAAGAAUAACAAUCCUAAAUGGAUGUCAAAGAAAUGGUUUACAACUACUGAUAUUGAUAUUGACAAUGAUAUUAAUAGUUUAAAUCUAAAUGAUAAUAAUGAACAAAAAGAAGUAGAAGAAGAAAUAAUAGCAGAAGAAGAAGAAGUACAAUUGGAACUACUAGUAGAGAAAUUAGAAGAAGUAGAAAAGAUAAAUAAUGUAAAGAAAGGAACAGAUUUUGAAUUGUUAAGUAUUAAUGCUCUAUCGAAAUAUGGUUUCGAUUUGAAGAGAGUUGGUGGUGCUGGUGAUAAAGGAAUAGACUUUACUGGUGUUUGGAGACUGCCAGAAAGUAGUAGUAGUAGUAAUGGCGGUGGUCAUAGUAAAAGUAGUAAUCAAGAAUUUAAUAUAGUUGGACAAUGUAAACAUUAUAAAACAAGAAUAGGUCCUGUUGUAUUAAGAGAGUUUGAAUCAACAUUACAAAGAUUCAUUGAUAACAAUAAUAAUAAUAAUAAUAAUAAUAAUUGCAAUCAAUCACAACAACAACAAUUUAACUGUAUAGGAAUCCUAACAAGUUAUACAAGAUUCUCUGAUAUCUUACAAUCAGAAAUCGAUUCAAUUAACAAUCCAUUGAUUCUCUCUCAGAUAACAGAAAAAGUUUAA